AUAAAAAUAAAAAAGUAAAUAAUUUUUUGAAAACACACAAACAAACGUUCUGACAAACCCACACACAAAAGCCACAACCUUUGUCCGACUCCGACUGACUCCAUUUUAUUAUUCAGCAGCCUUCCCCUCCUCCUCCCUCUCCCCCUUCCCCGUCGGGUUUCGUGUCCCUCUCCCAAUCUUCCGACGGAAGCCAUUAUGCUCAAAAAUCGAUUCCAUUAACAAUCUUCAGACACGCAGCUGGAGGAGGGUUUUAAUUUCUUCUUGUCCGAAAAUGGCGGUUUCGAAGAGCCACAAGAAGAAGAAGCAGCAGAGCUACAUUUCAGUCCCUUCCCAGAUAAUAAACUCGAUCUCGCAGUCAUCUCUCGAAUCAUUACUGCAUUCCCCGAAGAAGAAGAAGCAGCAUCACUCGAACCAUUUGAGGCUUGUCCUGAAGAAUCCCUGCUUUAUUAUUACAUUCUCGAUUUUUUCGUUUGGUGUUUUCCUUAUGCUGCGGAUGUGGCCCAAAUUCGAUCCUUUAAUGCCCUUUUCGCGCAACCCCUGCGCCGUUUCGCAAGAAAAUAAUGUCGAUAAGCUUGUGGGUUCUUCUCCGGCGAGUUUUGUGGAGGACGACGCCGAAACGGCGUCGUUUUGGAGGCAGCCAGAUGGGAUGGGGUACAAGCCCUGUCUCGAUUUCAGCAGAGGGUAUAGAGAGGAUAGCCGCGGGAUUGUCGGGGAUAGGACAAAGUAUCUUCUUGUCGUGGUUUCAGGAGGGCUUAAUCAGCAGAGGAAUCAGAUUGUCGAUGCUGUUGUGAUUGCAAGAAUUCUUGGGGCGGCUUUGGUCGUGCCGAUUUUGCAAGUCAAUGUCAUUUGGGGAGAUGAAAGUGAGUUUUCGGAUAUAUUCGAUUUGGAUCAUUUCAAGAGUGUCCUGGCAAAUGAUGUGAGGAUAGUUUCGUCGCUUCCCUCAACACAUUUGAUGACGAGGCCCGUCGCCGAGAGCAGGACUCCGCUCCAUGUGUCGCCGGAGUGGAUUCGAUCGCGCUAUCUUAGACGUAUUAGGAGAGACGGCGUGCUGCUGCUGCGCGGCUUAGAUUCGAGGCUGUCCAAAGAUCUCUCGUCCGAUCUUCAGAAGCUUCGCUGCAAGGUUGCAUUUCAUGCUUUGCGAUUUGCCCCGCGCAUCUUAGAGCUCGGAGAUAAGCUAACCAAGAGAAUGCAAAGCAAGGGACCGUAUCUCGCCCUUCACCUACGGAUGGAAAAAGACGUGUGGGUGCGAACAGGGUGUCUUCCCGGGCUUAGCGCUGAAUACGACGAGAUUAUAAGUAAUGAAAGAAAGGCACACCCGAAGCUCUUGACGUCGCGCUCGAACAUGACCUACCGUGAAAGAAAGCUCGCCGGUCUUUGCCCCUUGAACGCGUUGGAGGUCGCAAGGUUGCUUAAAGCGUUGGGCGCGCCUAAAAGCAUGAUGAUCUAUUGGGCGGGGGGGAUUCCGUUGGGGGGUAAAGAGGCGUUGCUGCCGUUGACAAUGGAUUUCCCGAAUUUCUACAAUAAGGAAGAUCUUGCAUUGCCGGGGGAGCUCGAGCCGUUCGUCGGGAAGGCUUCCCUGAGUGCUGCGAUCGACUCGAUCGUCGCUGAAAGAAGCACUGUGUUCAUGGCGUCGCACGGUGGAAACAUGGGCCACGCGAUUCAGGGAUAUAGAGCCUAUGCGGGGCAUAAAAAGACCGUAAUCCCGAACAAGCGACAGAUGCUCGCGCAUUUCAUGGACGCAUCUCUCUCCGAACCCGAGUUUAAUAAGAUCAUACUUGAUUUGCACGGGGACUCGAUGGGGCAGCCCGAGCUUAGGACGAGCAAAGUCGGGAGGGACGUUACUAAGUAUCCGAUUCCCGAGUGCAUGUGCAACGCAACGAUCCCGGGUUCUUCAUAAACCAAGAAAUGGACUUCGGAAGAGCAUCAAACAAGAUAAAACUCGCACCGGCGCAAUCACUUCUAGUAAAAAGUCGACCCACAGUUCACCGGGAGAGCAUUCUGCAGCAAGACGAUGGCUUUCGACGACUAGAUUCGGUGUCUUGCUUGUGUAUGUACUGAGGAAGAAGGAACUUUGGCAGAGUAUGGUGUAAUAUAAGCAGGGCUCUAUUGAUUUCUCCCUGGUCUAUGAUGUCUGAAUUCCUACGAGGGAGCUAGCUGUAUAGGAAGGACAUGAACUUAUAUAUGUAUUCUUUACAUUCCAUUUAUUCUUUAUGUUGUAGCAGUUAACAGA